AUGAACAACUUGGUCCGUUCGUACUCACAUAUGCAUCUUGAAACUCUGCCAGCAGAAAUUAGAAUUCAAAUCCUCCUUCUACUCAAUGUAGAAGGACUUAAAUCACUAGUUCAAGCAUCACCCGUUUAUCAUAACCAGUAUCUCCUGGAUCGCAAGCGCCUUCUCCUCAACUGCCUAGCAACCACACUGGGCCGCAUUUUCUUCGAAGCUUGCAUUGUCCAGGAGACUAGCUCAGUGGGCUUCUCGCAGACACGCAACCACGAUAGAAUCCUUGAGUAUUUUGGGUCUCUCACGGAAAGGCGCUGUCACUCAGAUCUAACGGCAGGACUCACAUUGAAAGAUGCCAUAGAUAUGGUAUUCUUUUAUCUCUCGGUCUUGAAACCUUUCGCACAGCACUAUUCUGUUUGGGCGUUAGGAAAUCUAGCUCAAGAGCCGGAAGCAACACAUACGAAGAUUGACGAAGACCUGAGUGAAUCAGAAGAACACAGAAUAAUCCGCGCUCUGUAUCGCUUCCAACUGUGCUGCAACGUAUUCGGCGUGGGACCUAACAAGGACGAGCUUGAUCUUUUCAAGAUAAAAUUUCAACUUAGUGAUGGCGAUAUUCUAAAGCUCCUGGAAGAUUUAUGGGAGCCCUGGGAACUGGAGGAGAUCAAUUGCAUCAAUAUCUUUGCGGAAACAAAAUGUCGUGCGAUUCAUGAUGCUGUGACCUGGGAUUUCAGUGAAAGAAAUCCUCGGUUUGAUGAUCAGGAAAGACCGCCUACUCCGGAUGGGGCGGUGAAUAUACCACAGCACAGCCAUGCUUAUUUAAUCGGGACUAUUACACAAGGCCUCGAGCGGUUGUAUACUAUAUUCUUCAAGGUUAAAGAGCACGCGGAUUUAGUCAACAUAAUGGAGCAGACUUUGGUUCUUUGGCUCGAGGAGUUCCUCCAAGGAGAUGUUCACGGCGCGUUCACCCACGCGGCGCAAAGUGGACGUCGAGCUAUUGCACCUUCUGAGCGGGAUAAGAAGGAGGAGCGAAGAGAGCCUUUGCCUUUUCGGGGUGAUAGGGUGGACGACUACUACUACUACUACUACUACUCAAACGGAGCGCACCCGCCAUUAGCAUGGACGCUUUUGUGGAAAGGAACAUACAGCAAUAUGUUAGGGAGCUACAUUCCUGAUGAAUUCCACAGGUGGGGGUAUGUUAUGUGGGAUGCGGCCCGGUUGGAGCGCACCGGUGCAAAGGAAGUAUUGGCAAGGGGUUGGGACUUGAUGUGGGGUGAGGAUGAAGAUGCGAGAGACCAGAGAGACUUUUUCUGA